CACACCACAUUUAUUUCAAAGUUAAUUUUCUCUCUCUUCACCAAAGAAAUCUGGAAAACUCUCUCAUUCUCAAACAAACCUAGCCGCCGCCUCCUCCCUCCUUCAGUGUGUCUCCGGCGGCCGUUACAUUGCUCCACCAUCUUCAUUUUUGAAAAUCCAUCACCAUAAAAAGAGUCCCCUCCAUCUUCUCUACAAAACCCAUUUAAAAAUAUCAGGAAUGGACAACCUUCGCCGGUGACCACCACGCCGGAGCUUGCAACCACCGCGCCGGGAAAGAGCUUCCGUGUUUUCAUCCCAAUCUGGGUCAGAAUUUUUACACAAACCCUUAAACCUGGGCUGUUGUCUUCAUCAAGAUGAAUCUUCUUUAGUUCCGAUAGAGGGAUGAGCAGCUGAUUCUGAGAGUGAGAGAAUUGAGAAUCAGAGGCGGAACUGGGGGUUGGCACCCCAUCCCUUUAUGGAAAUUACUAUUAUGCCCUUCAUUAAAAUUAAUAUUUUCCAAUCCAAUUUUUCAUUUGGUCAUCAAUUUUCUCUUUCAUCAAGUGAGAACAGAGAAACGCGUUCUCUUCUUCUCCCCCCAACAAAGCAAAUCGCGAUCCAAUCCACAGACAACCACCACACCACCGCGGCGACCACUCGCCUACUCCUCCUCCUCCUCCAUCUUCUGUAUUGUGUUUAAAGAGCUAUCUCCAUCUCUCUCUCCACAAACCCUAGUUCUAGUAAAUUGUAAGGUAAAUUAGUGAUUGCAGUGGGAUAACUUCUAUGGCUGAUAACGAGGAAGAUUCGAAUAUGCCAAGGGAUGCAAAGAUUGUGCAGUCUUUGUUGAAAUCAAUGGGUGUGGAAGAAUAUGAACCUCGUGUUAUAAACAAGUUCCUUGAGCUAUGGUAUCGCUAUGUGGUUGAUGUGUUAACAGAUGCCCAGGUGUAUUCAGAGCAUGCUGGCAAGCCUGCAAUUGAUGUUGAUGAUGUUAAGCUGGCCAUUCAAUCCCAGGUCAACUUCAGCUUCUCUCAACCACCCCCUCGUGAGGUGCUUCUAGAGCUAGCACAAAAUCGCAACAAGAUACCAUUGCCGAAGUCUAUAGCAGGGCCUGGGUUUCCACUUUCACCCGAUCAAGACACAUUGAUUGCUCCCAACUACCAGUUUGCAAUUCCAAACAAAAGGUCUGUCGAACCUAUGGAAGAAACUGAGGAUGAAGAAGUUCCCAAUGCCGAUCCCAACCCAUCUCAAGAAGAGAAGACAGAUGCGCAACAAAAUCCCCAUCAAAGAGUGUCAUUUCCCCUGCCUAAACGCCAAAAGGAUUGAUUUGAAAUCCCAUGUCACUGAGGCUUUUAUUAGUUGGCGAUGGUUGUGAUAAAAGGCGAAUUUUUGGGUACAUCGAUCACCCCUGCUGGUGAUUCAUUGCUAUCAAGACUAUUUAUGCAAUAUUAUUGUUGUUGUGAAGUGAUUCAACUUUCUGAAUUUACAAAAUACACUCAUACUUUUUAUCUGUUAUAAUCUCAGAAUCUAUCCCUAUCCUCA